AUGGCGAACAAAAUAAAUAAAGAAUCUCAUUGCACUACGAGCCAUAAGAUAGUACAAUGGAAUAUAAAUGGAUUCUUUACCAGAAUAGAACACCUAAAAAUUCUACAAAACCAAUUGAACCCUUCUAUAAUUUGUAUCCAAGAAACAAACUUUAAAAACAAUCAAAUAGGAAAACUAAAAAACUACAACUGCUUUAACAAAAACCGCAAUAACCCUACCCAUGCCAACGGUGGAGUCACAAUCUUCGUCAAAGACGAAAUCCAAGUAAACGAAAUAAGCGUAUUAUCAAACCUCGAAACAACAUCUAUCAGAAUCGCCUUAGGAGCUUUUCGCAGUAGUCCUAAUACAAGCCUCCUAGCAGAGAGUCACGAAUUACCUUUUGAAUUAAGAAGCUUAAUCCAAUCUCUGAGAUAUAUGGCAUCUAGUACAUGUCACAUAAACAACCCCCUGCACACAACAAAUGAUGAUAAGUCAGAAUCAGAUAAAGCAUACCGGCUCCAACCCCAAUUCCCUCAACCUUUAACCUGCAGAAUUCGCCAAGCAAUCCAAGAUCCAUUACUUGAAAUAAACAAAAGCGACACAGCUAAUAUAGUCUACAAAAACCUCUUCUACGAGCUAAUCAACAGAUACGAAGGCUUCCAACACAACUACACCGAUGGAUCGGUCAAAGACAGUAAAAGAGGAUGCGUUGUGGUAUACAACGAACAAGAACAACUCUUCAAACUCCCAAAAUCGUUUUCAAUCUUCUCAUGUGAAGCGUAUGCAAUCCAAAAAGCAGUCGAAUUAAGUGCCAACCUCCAAUUAGACAAAGUACUCAUUCUAUCUGACUCCAAAUCAGUUCUCGAGGCCUUGAACAACUACAAUACUAGAGACUCCAGAAUUCAAUCCAUCCAACAAAAACUGCAGAACCGAGCCCAACACGGAUACCACAUAAUACUCGCGUGGAUACCGUCACACCAACAAAUUACCGGAAAUGAGAAAGCUGAUGCUGCCGCCAAAAGAGCACUCCAAGAAGGUCAAGAUCAAACUAGCGAUCCACUGUCAAUAAAUGACUUCAAAAAAACCAUAGACCAAUACGUAUGGGCAAAAUGGAACGGUAUCUGGAACUCGAAACAUACCUCACUUCUAGAU